CGUCUUCCUCCCCGGGCUCUUCCGGAAGUGCCGUCUUCCCCCCUCCGCCCCUCUCAUCCUCUUAUCAGCGAGUAAGCGGCCAACAUGGAUGUCGUCAACCAGUUGGUGGCCCAAGGACAGUUCACAAUAAUCAAGCAACCUUUGGGUUUUAUUAAAGUCCUCCAAUGGAUCUUCGCCAUCUUCGCCUUCUCCACAUGCGGCAGUUACUCCGGCAUGUUCAAGAUGAGCGUGGAGUGUAAAAAUCGCUCGGACAGCGACCUUGGCAUUGAAGUACAAUUUGAAUAUCCAUUCAGGCUCCAUCAGGUUUACUUUGACGCACCCACCUGUAAAGGCGGGAACCCUGAGCGACUCUUCCUGGUGGGCGACUACUCUUCGUCGGCCGAGUUUUUCGUCACCAUCGGCGUCUUCUCCUUCCUCUACUCCAUGGCGGCCCUCUCCGUCUACUGUUUCGUGCUGGAGAAGUACCGCGAGAACAACAAGGGCCCGCAGAUCGACUUUGUGGUGACGGCAGUCUUCGCCUUCAUGUGGCUGGUGUCAUCCUGUGCCUGGGCCAAGGGUCUAUCGGACGUGAAGACGGCGACUGAUCCCGAGAAGGUCAUCGGUUUUAUCACCGCCUGCGACGAGCGGGAGAACCGCUGCCGGGAGGUCUAUGACCCUAAGGUCUCCGGCCUCAACACCUCGGUGGCUUUCGGCUUCAUCAACCUGAUCCUGUGGAUCGGCAACCUGUGGUUCGUCUUCAAGGAGACGGGCUGGAUGGCCGCCUUUGCCGGAACGUACAUGCCGUCUCAGGAGAAGCAGCCGGCCCCCGACGCUUUCGCCCAGGGCGGCUACGCUCAGCAGGACCCCUACGCCGGCUCCCAGGGAGGCUACCAGCCCGAGUACGGCCAGCAGGGGGGGUACAACGAGGACGCCGGCUACGGACAGGGAUACGAGCAGCAGCCCACCUCCUACUCCAAUCAGAUGUGAGCCGCUGUGCUGCGGGAUGGCUGAGCCGGCGAUUCCGCCGCUGGCGUUUCUGCACUCGUCUGUUAGUCUCUUUGUGUACAUGUGAGUUGACUUGAGUGGAGUGGAGUGGGGUGGGGCGCUCUUUGCUGUAACAUGAUGUUUCUUCUCGUGAUGUAUUUAAGUGUAGAAGACGACGGACGGAGAGAGGGACAGAGAGAUCCCUCGCUCGUCCGUUUGCUCACGCCAGAAAAACUUGAAUACAAAAACCAAAACAUUCAUUCGAGAGGAAAAAGACUUCCGGGGGAACAACAUAGUCCUAUUUAACUGGAGAGAAUGUAUUGUCUGUGCUGUGUAAAUAUCCACAUGCUAAUACACUAUAUAUAUAUAUAUAAAUAUAUAUAGAAAUAGAAAUAUAUGAUUUGUGGGGAUGCUUUGCAAAGCAAAGCUCCCCAUGUAUGAUAUCGCCAUUUUUUUCCUGUCGACGUGGAUGGGAAAAAAAUUGUGAUUUUAUAUGUGGGGAGCUUUGCUUUGCAAAGCAUCCCCACAAUAAGGUAGGACCGGGAGAGCCCAAAUGUCAUCAAUAGAUAUUAUAUAUAAUUGUUCGCUGCCAGCCCAGCCUUACAGGAUGUGCUUUUAUAGUUAGUAAAAAAUAAAACUCAUUAUGGCCAUAGAUGUCCAAUUUAUUUGGACUAGGAAGGUUCAAGAAAUCAAUAUAUGUGUCAUUGUGGGGAUGCUUUGCAAAGUAAAAAUAAACCAUUCCGCCAAAACUUCCCCUCAUGGCAGAUUCGUGUCCCUCAUAAAUGAUUUCCAUUCACUCGGAUUGAAUUUUUUGAUUGAUUGAGUCGGAUCUGAAAAAAAAAAACCUUAAAUUUCACUUAAAAAUCUUCCAAAAUGAGCAGAAAGGGACCCAAAUCAACAAAAAGUGAUCGUUAAGUGCCCCGAAAUUAACAGGAAGUGACUCAAAAGUAAUGUGAAGUGAUCUGGAUGAAAUAACCUAAAAUGUACAGGAAGUGACCUGCAAAAAAAUCUCCAUUGUCUGUCAUUAUUUUUCACAAAAAUACUUCCAGAAAUUGCCUCUAAAUGAGACCAAAAAUGUACAUGAAAUGCCCCAAAACCAACAGGAAGUGAUCUAAAACCAAUAAGACGUGAUCUGGAAAUAAGAGGAAACAACCUAAAAUGUACAAGAAGUGACCUGCAAAAAAAUUCUAUAGUUGGUCUUUAUUUUUAACAAAAAAUACUUCCAGGAAUUGUCCCUCAAUUAGCAGUAAGUGACCAAAAAUGUACAGGAAGCAACCCAAAACCAACAUCCAGUAAUCUGUAAAUAAGAGGAAAUAACCUGAAAUGUACAGGAAGUGACCUGCAAAAAAAUCUCCAUUGUUGGUCUUCAUUUUUAACAAAAAAGCAUUCAGAAAUCGCCCCGAAAUUAGCAGUAAGUGACCAAAAAUGUACAGGAAGUGACCCAAAACCAACAGGAAUUGAUCUGGAAAUAAGAGGAAACAACCUAAAAUGAACAGGAAGUGACCUGCAAAAAAAUCUCCAUUGUUGGUUAAUAUUUGUAACAAAAAUACAUCCAUGAAUUUUCCCUAACUUAGCAGUAAGUGACCAUAAGUGUACAAGAAGUGCACCGAAACCAACAGGAAGUGACCUGAAAAUGCCCCCAAAUAUUAGAAAAUUAUCCCAAAUGUACCAGAAAUUACCCUGGAAUGCCCCAAAAUGCACAGCAAGUGUCCCAAAAUCAACAGGAAGUGACCUUGGAAUGCCCCACAAUGUACAGGAAGGGACCUGUAAGUCCCCUAAAAUGAACAAGGAAGUGAGCCCUGUUAACACAUUGCCUGGCAUUGAUAACAAUCUACGUUUAAUUCAUUUAAACUGAGAGGACUGUCUGUGAAAGCACAUCCUCGGUGAUGGCAUUUGGGCCCUCCCGCCUACCGUGUCGACCUGCCCUGCCUUUUCCUUUCCUAUUUCUUUUCCAUGUGUCCCUGGCAGGCAGGCAGACAGUUUGAUUCUCUGUGUGUAGCUCUUCUAAAUAUGCCCAAAUGAAAUGAAAUAUACUCCGUGCUUAGUGGUGAAUGACGUCUUGUGAUACACCUUGGGAUAGUGUUGUGUUUAUCGUGGAUGAUGUAUACAUAUUAGUAUCGAGGAGAAGAUUCUGCUGUAUUCUUACUGUAUGUGAAAUCAAACAAACAUCAAAUAAACUUGAAAUUAUUCUGUUGAA